AUGUCUUGGGUGCGAUUCACCAAAGGCGGCGUCGCCAUUGUGGCGGCAUCGACGGCCGCGAUAUUAGCGUUGGAUAUGACGAACGAAAAGCGAUUUCAGCGACAAUUGAGACAGCACUUCCGCACAGCGCAUGCUGACCUUCUGGCAGAUCUCAACAAGAGAACACCCAGCGCGUUGCCGACGAGAAAAGAUAUCAUUGACAGUUUGAAGGGCGACGAGAUUUUUGAUAUUCUUGUGAUUGGAGGUGGUGCUACCGGUGCUGGUACAGCCCUUGAUGCCACAACACGUGGUCUCAAGACUGCUCUCGUCGAGCUCGACGACUUCUCUUCGGGUACGUCGUCUCGUUCGACGAAACUCAUUCACGGAGGAGUUCGAUACCUUCAAGCAGCUAUUAUGAAGCUCGAUUUGGAGCAAUAUCGAAUGGUGAAGGAAGCACUAUUCGAAAGAGCGAACCUCUUGGAAAUUGCGCCACAUUUGAGUUCGCCACUGCCAAUUAUGCUUCCUGUAUACAAACUGUGGCAAGUUCCGUAUUACUGGGCAGGAAUCAAAGCCUACGAUUUAGUGUCCGGCAAAAGAGUACUCAAAAACUCGUACUUCAUCUCAAAGUCGGAGGCACUUGAAAGAUUCCCGCUUCUUCGUAGUGAAGCUCUUAAAGGCGCAUUGAUCUACUACGACGGACAACACAAUGACGCGAGAAUGAAUCUUGCCAUCAUCCUCACAGCGAUUCGACACGGAGCUGUUUGUGCGAAUCAUGUGCGUGUUGAGAAGCUCAACAAAGAUGAGAAUGGAAAAGUGGUCGGAGCGCAUGUCAAGGAUUUGGUAACUGGAGCCGAAUGGGACAUCAAGGCGAAAUGUGUUGUGAAUGCGACCGGACCAUCGACCGACUCAAUCCGUUUGAUGGGUGAUCCAGAAACCGCAAAACCAAUCUGCGCUCCGAGCUCUGGUGUUCACAUCACUCUUCCUGGAUACUACAGUCCAUCGAACACUGGACUUCUUGAUCCUGACACUUCCGAUGGUCGUGUUAUCUUUUUCUUACCAUGGGAGAAGAUGACAAUCGCUGGAACCACCGAUGCUCCGUCGGAAGUCACUCUAUCGCCACAACCAACCGAUCAUGACAUCGAGUUCAUCCUCAAAGAGAUUCGCGGAUAUUUGUCGAAGGACGUGUCGGUUCGACGCGGUGAUGUGAUGAGCGCCUGGUCGGGACUCCGUCCGCUUGUCCGCGAUCCGAACAAGAAGGACACGAAGAGUUUGGCGAGAAAUCACAUCAUUGAGGUCGGACAAUCGGGAUUGGUGACGAUUGCUGGAGGAAAAUGGACGACGUAUCGGCAUAUGGCUGAAGAAACUGUCGAUACGUGCAUCAAAGCUCAUGAUUUGAAACCAACAAAUUCAUGUGUGACCGCUGGACUUUUACUCGAAGGAGCUCAUGACUACAAUCCACUUCUCUACAUUCAUCUCGUUCAAGAUUACGGAAUGGAAGUUGAUGUUGCUCAACACUUGUGCCAGACCUACGGAGAUCGCGCAUUCGUCGUCGCUCGAAUGACGAAAAUGACCGGAAAGCGUUGGCCGAUCGUCGGAAACCGCCUUCAUCCCGAAUUUCCGUACUUGGAUGCCGAAGUUCGUUAUGCCGUUCGCGAAUACGCGUGUACGCCGAUUGACGUGAUCGCGAGACGGACUCGUUUGGCAUUCUUGAACACGUACGCCGCACAUGAGGUCCUUCCGGAGGUCGUUCGAAUUAUGGCAGAAGAACUCGGAUGGUCGUCGGCUGAGCAAAGAGCACAAUUGGAGAAGGCUCGCACUUUCAUUGAUAAUGAAAUGGGACAGACGGCGAAACAGACGGCUGUGUCGAAUGCGCCGCUCAAUUUGACCAAGGCUGAAAUGCACAUGGCUAAGGAAAGAUUCGCUCAAUUGGACAAGGAUCGUAAAGGACACAUCACUGUUAAUGAUUUGCGUCGACACUUUAGAGAACAUAACCAGAAGAUUGAUGAACGUGUGCUUCACGAACUUCUCAACGAAGUCGAUUUGAACAAAAAUGGAGAAAUCGAGAUUGCCGAAUUCUUCCAGUUGUACUCUGGCUUGAAAGGCGGCCAAAUCACCGGAAAUCGUCUCGUCGGCUAUCUCGACGAAAUCCACGGAACGCCAAGUGUCUACCGCGCCGGCGGCGGUCUUUAA